CGUCGGUUCAUUCGUUCGCGCGCCGGCGUGGCGUACGUGUCGCAUCAUGGAUUGUGUCUUUGUGUUGUGAUUGUGUUAAAGUGACUGUGGAAGCAUGAUGCCUCUCGCACCGACACCUGUGGUCGCGGUGCCAUCGAAACCGAAAAUUGGAUUUAGUAUAGACAGUAUUGUGGGUGCUGAGAAACAAACUUCGCCGCCGCUCGGCAGUCCCGGGUCGCCUUCUCCCGUCGCUUCACCCCGGAGUCCGUCUCCGAGACCAUUAUUGCGGCCUAGCGCGUUACCAGCUAUGUUUCCUUCGCCUGAGCUGAAGAGGCUACCGUAUUUAGACGCUCAAACCCAUCACCACCAGUUCUUAGCGCAUUUUCAAGGCGCGGCGCUAGCUGCGGCCCUCGCUCAUCAGCAGCAAGGGUUUGGGGCGCCCCUACCUCCGCACCCACCUCCUCACCCCACGGCCCCGGUGCCCAGGGAGUCGUAUCAGCUGUACCCGUGGCUAAUCAAUAGGCAUGGAAGGAUUUUCCCGCAUAGAUUUCCUGGAGGGCCAGACAUCCCCGGUUUCCUACUGCAGCCCUUCAGAAAACCGAAGAGAAUCAGAACAGCCUUCUCACCUUCACAACUUCUUAAAUUGGAGCAUGCAUUUGAGAAGAACCAUUAUGUGGUCGGAGCAGAAAGAAAACAGCUGGCACAGGCCUUGAGCUUGACAGAGACACAGGUAAAAGUGUGGUUUCAAAACAGAAGAACAAAGCAUAAAAGAAUGCAGCAAGAAGAAGAAGCAAAGACUGGCAAGUCUAGUUCCUCUGGCAACAAGCCUGAUGAGCAUUUCAACAACUCAUACGAUGAAGAUGAAGAACUAAUAGAUAUGGACAUGGAUGACCUUAGUGAAAGUGAAAAUGAAACGUAAAGUGAAAUGGACACUAAAGACUUGUAAAUAUGGUUGUAAAUUAAUUGUAUCGUAGAUAAAACAAUUCUACUUAUUUAUUAAUUGGAUAGUUUUUUAAAGACUCGAAAAUGGUAACCGUUCGAACCUAUUAUUUUAUUGUGUAAUGGUCACGCGCCCAGAUCCUAUGGCGCUGUAUUUUUAUGACCUUUUUAUGGAACUAAUGAAAAAUUCCAUUAAAAUAAUUUUAAUAUUUACUACGUGUUAAAUAUGCGCGUACAUAAAUAUAUGUAAAAGUUUAUCUUUUACAACCUAUAAAAUAUAUACCAGCAUAUUUUUUAUUUAAAUACAUCAUUUAUUAUAACAUCUAUAAAUGCUAGCCAUUAUUUUUUUCAGAAGUAUAAGUUAAAAUAUACCUAAACAGUAUUCGUGCUGGACCACAAUAUGAAAUGAAAUUGAUAAAAUAUCUAUAAUUUUGUAUCUAACGACUCUAUUGAUUUCAUAAUAUUAUAUAGCGGUUAUAAAUUAAUUAAAUUAUAAUAACAUUCAUAAAUCGAUUUAAAUUCCAAAUAAAUCACACUUUACUAAGCGUCAUAUACUUAAAGCAUGUCAUUAAACUACAAAAUGGCCUCUUGUUAGCGCGUCAGAAUUAUUAGAUAAAGAAAUUGGCCGCAGUAUAAUAGUUUUGGGAUUAAAUUAAUUAAAAAUGCCUCCUUUGAUGCGUUCAAUGAUGUGGGUUUAAUUAGACAGUUUGAUUUUUAACGCUGAUAGUUGGUAGAGAGAGAGGGCAUGAAAUGUCAAAAUGGUAGAGCGGGAAACCAUAAACUAUAGAUGGAGGCGAUUAAGUGCGUCGUUUGUGGGCCUAUUAUUAAGAGGUGCGUUCAGAAAUGGUAUCAAGGUUUGGGAUCACAUUCAGUAAUUGCUCGCGACGAAAUAAAAUUGUUUAUAAGCUGUUGAUAGCUAGUUCGGUUAUUUGUCCAAGAGUCUGAUAAAUAUCGUUACUUUCACGCGUGUGAUACUAUUGUCUUUGGUAGAUGAAUUUUGUUUUGUCUUAUUGUCUAUUGAUACCGCGAUGUCCGUUGCCAUGUUUAUACAGAUAGCAACUAAUUCUCAAAGUGGUUUCUACUUAAUACGGCUGAACUGUACCACAUUUACUUAAACGAUUUUGCAAAAGAAACUUUACGAUUAAAUCAAAACUACAUGUUUCGAUCAAUGUGGUGGUUUUUUAGUUGUUUCCAUUUAAAAGCGGCAGGAGAGGUUGUUCAAUAAUAAUAUGUUCGUAUAAAAAGCUCAGUUCUACACAAAAAGCUCUUUAUUUAACAUUACCACCCACAUGUAAAACACAGUAAAAGAAUCGCAUUUUAAUUGCGUCCGUGCGAUACGGAGUUGAAAAUUAAUCGUUUAAUUUGAAGUCGACUGAGCGUGGGAGCUUGUAAUACCUAUUGUUCCUUGAAUUCGCAAAAACUUAAAUAUUGCACUUUUUAAAAUUAGCAAAUUUUGUGAAUUUCUAAUUUUGUAAAAAAAAAUCUAAUUUCCACGUUUUUAAUGAAAAUUCCACACGUUAGAUCAGGUUAUCUUAAUUAAGUAUUCCUUCUGGUACCUAUUUUCUUUUUCUUUGUCCAUAUGAAACUUUUCAAGAUAAUAGACUAACAGAUUUUACUAAAAUUAAAUAAAUUAACGAGCACAUAAUCUUUCACUUUAAUAUCGAUGUACCUAUCAGCAAUCAGUAUUGCUAUUUCUUUGUCUAUACCUGGUCGUUGUCAUAGACCCAUAUAUAGACAGUUCAGUAAUCAUAACUGAAAUCCAGCAUGUUAGUCUUUAUGCAUCUGAUAUAUUUAAUCUAUGGAACGGACCGAUUACGCGCGUAAUUUGUACUUUCUUUUCCGUCCUUUGUUCGGUGAUUUACGGAUCUCAGAUUACUUUAUUGAUUGCGAACUCCUGGGCCUCACCUGCUAAUAACUUGUAUGUGGUUUUAAGUGCGUUUAAUGUAAAGAAUGAAUAAUAAGCACUGAACAAUUUGAUUUAUCGGGUUUUAACGUUAUCUAAAUAAAUCAUUUGGUGCGUGCCUUUUCAAUUUUUUUUUGGUAUAAUUCUUAAACUAUUUUCAGUAUUGCAAGACAUGAUAUAUGUAUUAGACAUCAAAUUUAAAGUUAAACAGAGUUAUUAAAAAUAAAUAAAAUUAUAUCGGUCGUAUAACAAUGAUAUUUUCAAAAAAUAUCUAUAUAAGGAAUCAUGAUAUGUAGGUACAUUACCUACCCUAUCACAUUGCAUAUGUCACUUGUUUUUCCAUCUUCAGAUAUUUCCAGAGAUUGUCGGAAUGAGAAAUAAAUACCUAAAGCCCCGUCUAUUGUACCAUAGCUCAUAGAUUUUCAUUUUCAGCUCAAUUAAACGUAAACCGAUAUUGAUUAGCGUUUUUUAUUACUGCUUAUUCAUUAACUGUUUCCGAUUAUCAGGCAUGUCGAUAUUUUAACGAUCUAUUCAAAAGCGACUCGAUUUUUAAUUACAUACAUCUCGAUUGACUUUAAUUUACUGAUUAAGGAACAUUAUUCCUUUAUUGGAGAAAAAUUGCACGGAAUUAAAAACGAAUAAUCGAUUUUUAUGGAUUGCGCCGCGAUGCGAAUCGAAUAUUUAUCGAUUCUCUGGAAAUUCGGGAGGCUUAUAAAUAAAUUGGGGAUAAAGUGUCUUAAUAUGUGUAUCGGAAUUUUCAUUGCUGUUUUUAGUGUUUAAUGCGGUUGGGAAAUUUGAGGCCAUUAUUUGAGUUCCAGGCGUAUUUUGCUUCUUAAAAAGGAAGCCGAUUUCGAUUUAAGGACUAAAUAAGACAGUUGACGAAGAAAUAAAUUAUGAAACAAAGGGUGAAUUGAUAUAUAAUCCUAGUAUUGAUAUGGUAUAAUUAUACACUAAGAUUAUAGAAUGAUUGUGUUCUGUUUGGUACCACCAAAAACCACAUCCACUUAUGUUCUACAUAGCUACAGUCAUCUAAUAGAUGAAAUUACAUUUCUAACUUCAAAUUCACGAACAUUCAACUGCCACCGUGGUUCAGUAAAAGACUAGAUACUAAAUGGAGCUUACAGCUGGAUUUAGUUGAAGUAUUGCAGGAAAAUAUUAAAAUUUAUAAAUUAAAUAAUAGGUUCGAUCGCAUAAUAAAAUAUCCUGUCAUAAUAUUGUUAUUAAUACCCUCGUUACUUCGCUCAAAAACUAGUAUUAAGACUGUUCCUUUAGUCUAUUCCAUAGAUAUCAUUAAUAUUUAGAGAAUUUAUAUGCAAAUUAUGGCCUAUUUCUUCGUCAGUUAUAACCAGUAAUAUGAACUCUGUGAAAGAUAAAAGACGCUGGCACGUAAAUUUUAUCUUUGUUUUUGUAGAUCUGUGGUCUUAUAAAAAAAAUAUUGUUUUUUCAUAAAUCAUUUAUUAAUUUUAUUUUUAAGAGCAGAUCUCUACUGUAAAAUUUCUGUAAAAGUUACUCUGAAAACAAUAUUUAACAACAAUUAAAGUCAAUUUGUUUUUUUUAAAAUGAUGACCAGAUAUUAUUUUAAUUGGUAAUUAAAGAGUUGUAUGAACUAUGGUAAUAACUUUAAUUAUAAAGAAAUAUUCGGACAUAAUGGCCAAACCUGUAAAGUCUAGCUUUUUUAGUCAUAAUAAUUAGAUUAACGUGAUUUUCAUUUAUGAAGAAUGUAUAUAAAUAUUUAUUUUUACGUACUUAAACUUUGACACAUUUUUUGUCGUUUUCGACUAAAUUCAAAAUGCUUAAUGUAUAAAUUCUAUUUUUAAUUUAUUGUAUUGUUUUUUCUAAGAAACUAAAAUAUCUGCUAUUAUAUCAAUAAAAUCGUUCCUUAUCGGUUUUUCUGCCAUAGAAUUGUAAAUAAACUAGAUUAUGUGUACAUUAGUUGUAUAUAUGUGUGUUAGUCGUGUAUGUGUGUAUAUCACGAACCGGAUUCAGUUUAUCAUAGUUAUUUAAUGAACGAGUGAUACAAAAUAUAUGUUUUUACUCAUUUA